GGCAAAGAACAAUGGUGCCAACCACCAGAGAAUGGUCUCUGUAAAAACCAAAGGUAACCUGGAGCAGACCAAGCUCAGCAACCAUGAUAGCAGGUAACUUGGGGCUUUGGAAAGACUGCAAGAUCCUCCAUUUGCCAGACGGGCAUCUGGUUAUCUGGUUAGGACAAUAGCAUUCUGUAUAUUUGAAUGCAUAGUGUCCAUUUUGGUAUGUGUGUGAGGGGACAUGGAACAAGAGUGUGGUGCUGCAGGUCUGUGGUGUGCUGCAAACCUGGCUCCUUUUGUGCACAUGUUUUCUGUUACAGUCAUGUAUAAAAUGUGCAGUUCAAGGCUUCGAUGCUGCUUAUGUUAUUCAGGUGGAAUUCACUAACUGGCGGUCUUCUACCUGCCGGCCCCAUCUAGAGAGGUUGGAGAGGCUGCCCUGAUGCCAAAGAAACUUCCUUCCUCAUGUGACCCAUGAGAUGGCAUUUCAUCAGAAAGCGCCUGGUCUCUCCUCCCCUUGAUUUGGAGUCUUUUCUUGCCUCAUCAAAGCUAGGCUGAUAGAAGCAGGACCUGCUUUGGCCAAUAAAGAGCUUCUUUCCAGAUCACUGGGCCCCAGAAACUUGGUUGGCAAGGCACAAACCUAUGGAUUCCCAGUCUGUGUAGGGAAUGGAGAGGCAGCUUGGCUUCGUUUCUCUGCUGUGCCCAGAGCGAUGGGUCUGGGGAAGGCAGAAGUUCUUGGUGCCUCUGAGAGAGCAGCUCAGGGUUUGGAAAGUUACCAAGGCCUUGUUUUCAUGGAAAAGAGGAGUGGUCUUGCUGAGCAUGGUGGGUGAUGGUGGGCUCCUGCUGAGCUUCAUAAGCCAAGGAGGACCACUUGCUGUUUGGUCUCUCUACAGGCUUCCCUCAGUUGAUGACGAUGUCUCCUCGGAACUGCAACGAGUGGCUGCCUUGGAGGAUGCAGACCACCCCAAAAAAGGGGCUCUCUCCAGGAUAGCUCGGCUGGUGAUGGCUGUCCGAGGAUGGGCAAAGAAAGGUAGAAAAGAAGAGGAGAGACCGGACUCCUUCCUUGAGCGCUUCCGUGGACCUGAUGUGAAGGCUUUAGCAUCAGAGUCGGCAACGGCAGGUGGAGAUGGCCUUGCAGGCCAGGGGCGGAAGAAGAAGAAAUGGAAAGUCCUUGUGAUGGACCCUGCUGGGAAGUGGUACUACCGCUGGCUCCUGGUUAUUGCAGUACCAGUUCUGUACAAUUGGUGCAUGCUGGUUGCCAGAGCCUGUUUCAAUGAUCUCCAGAGAAGGUACUUGCUCUGUUGGCUGCUCCUGGAUUACCUGGCAGAUGGCAUUUACAUCAUGGACAUUGUCAUCCGGAUGAACACAGGUUUCCUUGAACAGGGAUUACUCGUUAAAGACUUCAAGAAACUGCGUGCUAAAUACUUUGCCACUUUGCAGUUCAAGUUGGAUAUCUUAUCCAUUCUGCCUACUGACUUGGCAUAUUUUGCGGUUGGCAUCCAUCGGCCCGAGUUACGCUUCAAUCGGCUGCUGCAUUUCCCUCGCAUGUUUGAAUUCUUUGAUCGGACUGAAACAAGAACCAGUUACCCAAACAUCUUUAGGAUCUGCAAUUUGGUGAUGUACAUUUUGGUCAUCAUCCAUUGGAAUGCCUGCAUUUACUAUGCCAUCUCCAAGGCCAUUGGCUUCGGAGAAGAUACUUGGGUUUAUCCAAAUAUCUCAGAUCCAGAAUAUGGAUAUCUGACCAGGGAGUAUGUCUAUUGUCUCUACUGGUCCACGCUGACCUUGACUACCAUUGGUGAGACCCCUCCCCCUGUGCGGGAUGAGGAAUACCUUUUUGUCAUCUUUGACUUCCUAAUUGGAGUUCUCAUCUUCGCUACUAUUGUGGGAAACGUGGGGUCCAUGAUCUCCAACAUGAAUGCCACCAGGGCAGAAUUCCAGGCCAAGAUUGAUGCCGUCAAGCACUACAUGCACUUCCGCAAAGUAAGCAAAGAAAUGGAAGCUAAGGUUAUCAGGUGGUUUGACUAUCUUUGGACCAACAAGAAAACUGUGGAUGAGUGGGAAGUGCUCAAAAAUCUUCCUGACAAACUGAGGGCUGAAAUAGCUAUCAAUGUCCACCUGGAAACUUUGAAGAAAGUGCGGAUAUUCCAGGACUGUGAGGCUGGGCUCUUGGUGGAACUGGUGCUCAAGCUUCGCCCUCAGGUUUUCAGCCCAGGUGAUUAUAUUUGCCGGAAAGGAGAUAUUGGUAAAGAAAUGUAUAUCAUUAAGGAAGGAAAGUUGGCUGUGGUGGCAGAUGAUGGUAUUACUCAAUACGCCAUACUGACGGCAGGCUGCUGUUUUGGAGAAAUCAGCAUUCUCAACAUUAAAGGAAGCAAAAUGGGGAAUAGGCGAACGGCGAAUAUUAGGAGCAUUGGCUACUCUGACCUCUUCUGCCUGUCCAAAGAUGACCUCAUGGAGGCUGUGACUGAGUACCCAGAUGCCAAGAGGGUCCUGGAAGAACGUGGCCGAGAGAUCCUCACCAAAGAGGGGUUGCUGGAUGAAGCGGCAGCGGCAGAAAGCAUGGAAGCGAUGGACGUGGGCCAGAAGUUGGACAGGUUGGAAACCAGCCUAGAGACACUGAACGCUCGCUUCUCUCGUCUCUUGGCUGAAUAUGAUGCCACUCAGAUGAAGCUCAAGCAGCGCCUUACUUCUCUGGAAACCAAACUGAAGGAAGACAAGCAGGAGGAGCUUUUCCCUGAGGGUUUUAUCAGCCCACUGGGGGAAGAGGAAAAAACUAAGCCUUGAAGUCUUGCUUCCUACCAUUUCCUGCUCAUUUACUUUAUUUACUUUGUUUGCGUGUUACUUAUUCCCCCCAGAUUGAAUUCUCAUCAGAUUAUCUGACCAUGAGAUUCAUUUCCAGACUGCUGUUCUUUAUACAGCUCUCCCCCCUUACAGUGACCUUACCUCUCUCCCAAGGCUUUUCUUCUUUCACUAGUUCACAGAUAAUGGAGUCUCCCUUUUUUCUUAACUCCCUCCCGUCAUUCCUUUUCCUAGCCCCCUUCAAGAUGGGGCAAUGCAGGAUAUUAGAUGUUCCUUCUGAAAAACAGUCAUGAAAUUGAAAGUAUACCAGGCUGUCCUGCUCCUACUUUUGACCUCUAUUCUGGUGACAACAAAAUAGUCCCAAGUCUUCCUAUUCUGGAGGUAAUUUCCAAUGGAAUUCUAUUGUCUAUAUUAUUUCACAGGCAGAAGGAAGGAAAGCGUGUACAUGCAUUUCAUGUGAGUGUAGGGUGGGUAUUGUGUACCAGCCAGGACAUGGAAUCAUCUCUUUAAGUGAGGUUUGCAUAGUUCAAAAUUGCAGAGAGGAAAAAUGUGCCUAAAUCCCUUUCAGCUCAGUUUUUGCUGCCUGGAUCUUUUUAUUCUAUAAAUUCUGAACAACUGAGACUUCCUGCUGUGUAUUCUCUUUGUUUUUGAAGAUAACUGAAAUUUCUUCUGAGGCAACGCUGAGUGCCAAAAAAUACAGCCCAUCCUGGGCGGAGUAGGUGUUUAGGGAUUAUCUUCACAUAUCUCAGGCAGUCAGGAAAGGCCAGGUCCAGAAUCUUUUCUGGGCCAGCCGUCCUUUCUCAUACUUAGAUCCAGCUUGAAGAGGACCUGAAAUUAACUGGGAAUAGCUAUCCAAUGAGCAUAGAUACUGGUGGGUUGAGGCCUACGGCUGCCCACCAGAUCCCGAAUGAUUAUAGCCUAGUCCUUUUUUAAACCAGGGGUCUUUCCAACAUCAUGGGUGGGAAAAUUGUGCUUUGCAGGAAAUGUGAAUUGGAUCCAUAUAAUGAAGUUGAAGUUGGAAAGGCUUUGGCACAAUGCUUCCUUACCUGAUCGGAUUCAGUCCUUGGCCCUAACAAUAAUAGAAAAAUCAGCACUUUGUCUAAGGAGGAGAAACAAAUGUUUGCAUCCUCGUGGUCUACUUGAGGUGAUGCGGGAGUGAGCUGCUGUCCUGCUUCAGAAGCUGGGAAUGAAGAAGAGCUUUAUAAAGAGCAUUUGGAUCCUCCCCCCCACCCCCGAUCUAACUAGAACUGGAAGCAGAUUAGGCCAGUUGGGAGUCAUCUGGUUCCUGAGAAAAAUGCUUAGAUGAAAGCAGUGUGCCCAAAGUCACUUUACAUAUUGCACUACUUUUAGUGUACUUUAAGAGAUGCCUGCUUUGAUGUAACAGAGUUACAGGGUCAUACUUUAAAAAAAAUAAAAUAAAAUACUCGUGUCAAUGAUACAA